AAAGACUUUGUUUCACUUCCAAGUGGAUAAGUUACAAAAUAAAAAAGAAAUUGACAAUUUUAUCCCUGUCAUAAUAUUGUCAAAAAUAUUUUUACUCUCAGGCUUUCGUAAAUAAAAAAAUAUAAUUAUUUUUAAAAACAAAAACAUUUUGAAAAUAAUUAAUUUGUGUAAUUUUAUAUAAACCACAACAUUUAACAUUAUCGAAGGGCGUGGAUUAUCUUUAAUGCAGCUUGAUGAGAUCCAGGGACAAUGAGUAGCCAGCACCAGUAUAUGAGCGUGAACAACACACCAAGUGCACGCAUCGGAGACAUUGAACACAUUAGCCACCUGUCGGAACACAUAGGGUCCCUGUGCCUGUCGUCCGAGUACUCAGAUGUGACCCUCGUAGUGGAGGGGCAGCGGAUCCCCGCCCACAAGGUCAUCCUUGCCGCCAGCAGCGACUACUUUAGGGCGUUGCUGUAUGGCGGCAUGAGGGAGACCAACCAGGCGGAAGUGGAACUGCAGGCGCCCCUCCAAGCUUUCAAGGCUCUUUUACGAUAUGUGUACUCAGGUCACAUGGGCUUGUCAAUGCUGCGAGAAGACACAGUGCUUGAUAUGCUAGGCCUUGCACACCAGUUCAAUUUCCAGGAGUUGGAGACUGCCAUAUCUGACUACUUGAGGCAGGUUCUCGCUCUCAGGAAUGUUUGCUCCGUGCUUGAUGCUGCCAGACUGUAUGGGCUGAAGGCGCUCAUGGACUACUGCUACAACUUCCUGGACAGAAACGCUAUCGAAGUGUUACAGCAUGAUACCUUCCUGCAGUUGUCUGUUGAAGCGCUACAGGGCCUCUUAGAACGUGAUUCGUUCUUUGCGCCAGAAGUGGACAUAUUCAAGGCGGUCUGCAACUGGUUCAAUGCUAACCAGCUGUGGGUCAAGUCGGAAGCUGGUCAGGCGCAGAUCGAAAAAAUACUGAAAUGCGUCCGCCUAACGUUGAUGACACUGGAGGAGCUGCUGACGGUGGUACGGCCGUUCUCCCUGGUCACUCCCGACAUGUUGCUGGACGCCAUACAGGAGAAGACACAGACCAAGAGCACCGAGCUAAGGCACCGAGGCCUUCUUUUACCGGAGGAGAACGUGGCGACGCCGAAGCGCGGCGCGCGCGUGAUAUCUGGCGACAUGCGGUCGGCGCUGCUGGACGGCGACACCGACACGUACGACAUGGAGCGCGGGUACACGCGACACACCAUCAACGACGCGCCCGACAACCCCGGCAUCAUCGUGCGUCUCGCCACCUCCACCAUCAUCAACAACAUACGCCUGCUGCUAUGGGACAGGGACAAUAGAUCAUACGCGUACUACAUAGAGGUGUCAGUGGACCAGAAGGACUGGGUGCGAGUGAUCGACCACAGCAACUACUUCUGCCGCUCGUGGCAGAAUCUGUACUUCGAGCCGCGCGUCGUGCAGUACAUCAAACUCGUCGGCACUAGCAACACUGUUAACAAGGUGUUCCACGCGGUGGCGCUGGAGGCGCGCCACACGUGGCGCGUGCCCCCGCUGCGCGCCGGCCUCGUCGAGCCGCUGCACAACGUCGCCACCGUCGACCUCUCCGCCGUCGUCAUCGAGGGGAUCAGUCGUUCCCGUAACGCCCUAAUCAACGGUGACACGGAGAACUACGACUGGGACCAGGGCUACACGUGUCACCAGUUGGGCUCGGGCGCCAUCGUGGUGCAGUUGGCGCAGCCCUACCUUCUGUCGUCCAUACGCAUGCUCCUGUGGGACUGCGACUACCGCCACUACUCCUACUACGUGGAGACUUCGCUUAACAACUGGGACUGGGAGAUGGUCUGUGACCGCACCAGGGAAUCUUGCAGGUCCUGGCAAGUGAUAUACUUCAAGCCCCGGCCUGUGUCUAUCAUUCGCAUCGUUGGUACAAACAAUUCUGUAAACGAGGUGUUCCACCUGGUACACCUGGAGUGCCCGGCGCAGGUGGAGGACACGCGCGACGACCCGGCCGCCAAGAAGCAGCGCCCCGCCCACGACAACGCACUUAACCCCAUCGGCAACGGUAACACGAUCCUAUCAUAAUUACUAUUUGCGACUUUUACUUGUCUACAAUAAAAUUAAGACUGAAUUCGAAAUCAGUCGUCGGUUAGUAGUUAGUCGAGUGGUUGCAAACACAAAUACCGUCGAGAGGUCUCGGGUUCGAUUCCAGAGCCAGGGAAAGUAUUAUUGGGUAUUUUCGCAGUAAAUGAAUGAUUGACUUGGUUACCGCUGCCUAGCCCUGCCCUGCCCUGCUGGCAUGUUGUGACAUAAACGACAGUAUAAAGUCGCAUUGAAAGUGUGUCACGUAAAGUGGUGUUAAAGUAUCGGUAUCCCAGGCGGGCCUACAGGCGGCGCGACGGCGGGCGGGGCCGGGUCCCCCGCCACGUCGCGCGCCAGCAGCAGCUCGUCGGAGCGGUCGUGCCGCCGCGGCCUGCCGCCCGCCGAGACCGCCACCGAGGCCGAGGAGAGGUACGACCAUUGACCGCCCCACCAGCCCCAAACCGCUCUACUACUUACAUCUACAACGGAAUCGACUCACUUGAACCCACUGUCAUAUCUGUCUACUUAGGUUCACGUAAUAGGCGAAUGUAAGUCGCCGUGAUUUUUACAUUUUUAUCUGUAUAAAAUGAUAAUUCUCUUCAUAUUACUGUAUGAAUGUAGAAUGUAGGCUGGGUUUUAUACAGUUGCUCAACUCAGUUUUCUUCGUAAUGACGGGCUAAUGAGAAAAGGUGGAUAAUUAUGUAGUGUUAGCGGGAUUGUACCUAUAGUACAUAUUAUUAUGUUGCAUAUCAUGUUUAUAAGCAAAAACACCAGAAAAGAAAUUCAUUUUUAAGUCAAGAUAUCAAACGUUGGCCUUUUAAAAUUGUGUAAUUUUAUCCAAUUGUAUUUUUAUUUUUCUUGACGGCUGACAAGCAAUCUUACUUAUCGAUAAUUUUAUAUAUUCAACGAAUUAUUUAACUGAGCGAAUAAAGUAAAAUAGAUGUUUUUUUAUGAUUUAACUUCGUAUUCUCGUCGUAAUUCGUAUGAAUUUAAUCAUCUUUGAUACUGAAGUCGAAAGGAGAUUUCGGAUAGAGAAAUUAUUAAUUUAAAAUUAAUCUGUAGUUGUAGAGAGAUUAAACUUUGUAUACUUACAUAGGUUUUUUAAACAUUGUGUGGAUGAUUAUCUGAACAAUAAAAUUACUUAGAUGAUUCUAAUGUUCUUAGAAUUUUGUUAAAUGUAAAGAAUCAGGCUCUUUAUGACUUCUUCUCGACGGUUCACAAAGUAACCUACUUAUAGAGAGAGAGGCCUAAAGAGAAGAUUUUUAUAAUGUUUUCGUCCUUAGUAUUAGAGUUGCGUCAAAUUAGACUGUAACUUGUUCAAAUCUAUAGAUAUUUCGUUGUGUCUGUUGCGAUCUUAUGUUUAGAGACAUAGAAUGCUAUUUAUUUGCUUUGGCAUUGAAAUGUUCGCAAAACAAUUGAGAUUUGAUUAUUUAGUAUUUAAGCUUGUAUACAUAUUUCUAGUCUUCUGGCAGAAACUUUAGUUGAGGUACACAUAACAUACCCACAUCAAAAUAUUGUAAAAGAUAAUGUUUAUAGUUUUGUGCUGCAAAGUUGUGAGGGUACAAAAUCAAGAUAGGUACUUACAGUGUUAAUUUACGACUUCUUUGAUUGCCCCCAACGUCCGAAUAUUCUUCAGUACAUAGAUUUUACACUGAAAAGAGUAUUAGCUUUUUCUCCUUGUGCCUUGCGGCGUAUACGCAUUAAAAUAGAUAUAGCGUUGACAACAAACUCGUUUAGCUUUGUUUCAUAACAUAUAGCGCAGAGUUUAUUUAGUUAUUCUAAAGGCGUUGUGUUAUUAUUAGUGCCUUUUUUUACCUUGUUUGUAUGACUGCCUUGGUCACAAAUAUGGUGUAUUUUUUUGUUGAUUCACAUGAUGAUGAUGGCACCAUUUUCUAUAUUUUUUUACAUUGCAAGUGGGACUAUCAGUAGUAAUUAGUUGGGCAUGACACAAAUGUCUUGUAGGUACAUUAACUUUGUUUAACUAAUAAUUAGUAGUAAGUAAUUGUAUUAAUACGGAAUAUCUUUUACUCCAUAUUUUAAUAGAUCUGACGAUGUCGGAAGUUAAGUAACCUUGAUUACCGUCAUUACAUUCUUAACAAAAAUCCAUUGUAUACUUUCUAAUAUUUAUUUUAAAGAAACUUACAAACAAUUGGAUUGAACUGUAUAAUGUUAUUGUUUGGAAUUUAUUAUGUUAUUGUAGUAUGUUGCUGAUAUUAGUGCAAUUGUGUGUCAGUAGUGUUUUGGAAUAUGUGUCAUAUAAUACUUACUGGCGGUUACUUUAAUGUUUUGGUAACAUAGUUAUGGGGCAUGAGCUGAUUACACACGAUUGCAUCAAUUGCUAUAAAUCGGUUCGGUAUUUCGGAUGUCGUAACUGGUUACUGGUUGUCUAACAAAAUAGGGAUGAGAAAAUAUUGAACUUUCUAAACUUGUGCAAGUUUUCUAUGAUUAUUUUUGUAACACAGUCUGGCACUGAUUUUCUUACACUUUGUGUACCUAAACAUAGUUGCUAUAUUGGACAAAUCUGUUCAAUUGAACUAUUAAAUAUGAACAUCUAGUUUCCCUCCCUACUUUGGCAGACGCAGUAACUAAAGAUUCACUGUGAUAAUGGUUUGAACCUAUUGGUUUAAAGAUUUUAGACUAAGGUGAAUUGGUCUGCUAGCUGAGUAACACUUGAGUGAUCGUAAUUUUAAAGCAGAGACUAUGGAGCUUAUAAUAUGUUUAAUAAAAAAAUAUUCAAUACCAUUUGGGUUUUAUUAUUUAAGGUUACAAACUAUGCGAUUUAUUACUUAUACUAAGCUAUGUAUUCAUUUAAGGUUGUUUAUAAUAAAGUGAGACAAGUUUUAUCACAGUACAGUUUAUUAUUUAUAUUAGAACUAAGUCACUUUAGACCCUCUUUCUUUAACAAUAGCUCUUGACUGUCUGAGUACUUUGCUAGGAUGUACAAUGUUUGGAUCAGUCUCCUCAGCCAGCUCAUCUAAUCUUCUUCUCAACAGAUCCUUCAACUCCUGUAUACCUGGCCCUCUUCUUAGUGCUGAUAUACCAAUAAUGUCAUCAAAAGAUAUAACAUUUUCUGGCCUCACAUCUUCUGGCAGUGUAUCAAGCAAUGAAUUCAUAUCUUUGUAGGCUUCUUUAAUAUUUCUUAGUACUUCAUCAGUGCCAGGUAAAUCCAUUUUGUUUACAGCCAGUAUUGCAGGCUUUUGAAGUAAUUCACUAUUAUAAAGUUCUAACUCCUUAUUUAGCAACAACACAGUCUCUAGGCAUGACCUCUUUGGAUGUUUUGGGCUGAGUUGGAACCCUUGUGCAUCAGCAAUAAACAGCAGAAUCUUUGUUCUUUCCACAUGUUUCAAAAAACUGUGUCCUAAUCCCACAUUAACAUGGGCACCUUCAAUGAGUCCAGGCAAGUCUGCUAUAGAGAUCUGUCUGAGGUCCUUGUAACUAAUGAUUCCUUUGUUGGGUUUUAUUGUUGUGAAAGGAUAGUUUGCAAUUUUAGGUUGAGCUCUUGAAAUUGCUUUCAACAGUGAACUCUUGCCAGCAUUGGGAAAUCCUACGAGUCCAAUAUCAGCAAUUAAUUUUAAGUCCAAACGUAUGUGAUGAACCUGUCCAUGAUGCCCCAAGAAAUUUGAUUCAGGCGUCCCUCCUGGCCCUCCCCUUGCUAAAAUUACUGUUUCACCUUCUUUAUCGAUUGAACCUAAAACUUUUCCAUCUUCUCUAAAUACAGUUACGCCAAGAGGAACUUCAAGUUUUACGUCGGAGCCUGGAUUACCAACUAUUUUUGUUUUGCGACUAUCUUCUCCAUGUCCUGCACUAACUGUCUUGCCACGAUGUUUGCUCAUCACGGUUUUGAGGUUUGCAUCUUCUUUUCCGAUACAAUAAACACAACCGCCCUGUCCUCCUAGGCCCCCAAAUUUUGGUAGACCAGUCCCACCUGUGCCACCUUUGACAUGAAGUCUGACGGAAUCCAAGAAUUUACUUCUAAGAUAGCCUCGUGGUUUUUUCAACUCCCUCGCAGCGAACAACGUUCUAAAAAUGAACACCAUCUUUCAAUAAUAGUAUUAAAUAAAUGCAAUUUAAGGUUAUGUUCCUGUUUUCGUUUCGAAAUGUGACAUAUAAAUUCCGUGUCACUGUAUUUGACAUAGGUACAAAUAAUUAAUUUGUUAAGAUAGUAUUUUUAAACGUCUUAUUUCGUUAAAUGAUAUGUAGCAAGUUGAAAAUAAAUUAUUUCAAUAUUAAAACAAGUUUAUAAAACCAAUCA